CAACCAAAACUUGCGCUGUCGUAACUCUAUUAUAACAAGUGUGUUGCUUGGGUUGUUUUUAGAGCUCAAGGUGAUGUGACCGAACUUCAGCGGAAGACCUUAAGUGUUCUGGUCUUUUUAUUUAUCCAUAUUAUUUUUCAGUUUAUGAAAUGUUUGUCCUAAUGAGCCACCAUCUUUUUAUUUCAUUUUUCAUAACACUGGUAUUUGCAUAUUAAACUUCAUGCAAAAAUAUGGAACUCUACAACUUAACGUACUGCUGAAACAGUCAUGCCGAGGUGUGUCCAAUAGAAUAGCUACUUUUUUCAUCUGAAAUUUGCCUUCUUUAAUUAACAGGCUGUUCUUUUUUGAAUUUUUUGGAAUUGAGAUUUUCUUUUUAUUGGAUUUUAUUUAAAGUUGAAUGAUAAAAUGUCUGACAUUAGUUACCAUUCUUAUAGAAAUACAACCUUCUUCAAGUAAGGUUGCCGCAUUUUUGUUCUUAACUCAAUAUUCAUUUGAGAUACACUGAAGAAGGCGUCAUUAUAUGUAAACCAUGUCCAUUUGAAAGUUAUCUCAUUCAACGAUUUUAAAUUUUCCAGGACGGAAGGGUGAUUUGAACCACGCUAAGGUAUUUUGAUCUUCUGCUGGAGUUCGGUCAAAUCACCUAGAGCUCUAAAAACUAACAAUUCACCUGAAUUCCCAUGGAACUACUGAUUCUCAUAUUUUUCUGGGGAAUGUCCCAUUCUGGGGAAUAAUUUUCUGGGAAAUGUCCCAUUCUGGAGAAUGGAUUUCUGGGGAUUGGGUCAUUCUGGGGAAUUUCAUUCUGGGGAAUGUCGUUCUGGGGAAUGGGUUUCUGGGGAAUGACAUACAAUCCUUUCAUGUAUACUCUUUGGAAUCAGAAUGUUAUAAUAUGAAUGAUAUAUUAUAUUAACUGCAAUGGAAUAAUUUGAUUAUACUUUCAGGGAAAUUGAGGUGAAACAGGCUUUACACCCCGCUGAAGCAAUGUCAUCGGGAGAAUGAGUUCUUGCGACGGAAAGUUAAAAUACCCGCGAUUGACGCCGGGGCGUUGUUGUAUUGUUGUGGUGUCGUUGUCCGGUGGGAUCGUCGUCCGUGUGGGAUCGUUUGCGGCGUGAGUUUGGUUGGAGUUUCGGUUCGCGGGUGUGGUGCAUCGAUUUUAUUAUUACAUACAAUCUAUCUUUAGUUAAUAAAGUGUUUGUAGUUUGUUUCAGUGUACCUAGAGUUACAUUAAGUGAAACGAAAGAAAGCCAGUGCCGUGACCACCACGGAUAUACAUACUGGUGACAGCGCAAAAGCGCUAAACAAGUGCAGGCACGCUGUUUGUGACUGGAAAGUAAAAAAGAAUAAAAACCUAUUGAAGUAUCUUAGACCCAGCUGGUUACUACAGAAGAUAUCGUGUAAGUGUUGCGCAAAAAACUAUUAGGCGAAACAGUGUGAAUCAUUCAGUUGAGUAGAACUCUUGAACCGUGCACAGUUUGAGUGUGAUGCUGAUCUCGGAUUCCUUUCAACGAAAAUUGUUGUGUUACUCAUCGAGUCAAAACAGAGAAGAAGUUGGACCCACUGGAUACUACUGAGUCGCACAUUUGCAAACCGCUUGCAAAUCGAUCACUGCCAGAUCAUUUCCUACAAGAGGAACUACGUAUCUUCAUCGGACCCAGCAAUAUGAUGCAGAAUAAUGGUAAGUCGAAUCAAUAUUUUUUUUAAUUGAGUGAUUUUAAGUGAAGUGCGUAUGUGUAUAUGAUUUUAGUUCUCUUAGCACAAAAUGAAAGUUACAACAUUCUAAUAGAAUGCUAUUAUUGUAUUUUUUUUUAUUUGAGUUUGAGAAAGGCAAGUGACAAAAAUUGCACGUAAAUAAAUCCUUUUUUUUUAUAAUUAUAUUUGUUGGCUUUUUCACAUGAACUCUUGAUCAAAUUGAAGAUUAUGAACUAUGAAUAUUGCAAUCUUUGGAAUGCUUGAACAUUCUAUGGCAGUUUCGUUUCUCAAGAUCAUGUUAGUAAAGCAUGUAGAAAAGUUUUAUUAUUUGCGAAUAAAUCCUUUUUGCUUUUCUCACACCAUAAAAACAUUAAAUAAAUACCACUUGUAUUCGAUCCACAGCCCUGAGUAACGGGAGCAACAUAUUUUGACUAAUUAGAUAAAGUGUUAUUCAAUGAAUUUCUUAUCCAUUUGUUGAUCAAUUCAAAAUAUUUUGGUGGUAAACAAAAUGUACGAUAUUGCAAAAUUUAUAAGAAAAAAAUAAUUUUAAAGAAUCAUCUGAUUUAAUCAUGUGGUUAUAGAGGAACGAAUCUAUCAAAAAUCUAUCAACAAUUUAUUUCCCGGUUGGUUUCUCCUACUAUUCUAACGGAUUUGGGAUCCCUUAAAAGAAGGUUAGGAUCUAUUGUAAACUAUAAUAGCAAUUUUACCUCGAUUCAACAUUAUCCAACCACGUAUUGCAAUAACAUGAUAUUUUUUAAAUUUAUAUCGUACACCUUCAAGCUGGUAAUUUCAAGAAUGACCAAAACGCACAGCGACACAAAAUAAACAUGUUAGAUAAUGUGACAAAAAAAAAACAGCAAUUCUUUUGAUAAGUGUAAGAAGGGCUCCUUCCACCAUUGGUGGAUUAAAUCAGAUCUUUUUGUUUUUAAUCUCGGAAUGCUUGAAAAAACAAAUUUGUUUUUUUUUUCAUUUUUAUCAUUUUUUGUAUUAAUAUUUAUUAUUACUUAUCAAAAAUUUAGUAAGAGGGACAAUCUCCUCGCGAUUUUCUUUUAAUCCGUUUGCACAGACCGUCAAACUUGCCGAAUGACAAGACUAGACGAGAUAAGGGAGUACGUAGAGAGGGAAUUUAAAAAUCUCUGCAAAAGCAAAAAUAGGGCAAGAUCAUUACAGGGUGUUCUAACGAAACAAGAGCUUCUCAAAGACCAUUUAAUCGAAUUUGAGACACUCGUAAAAGCGUAUGAACACAGACAUAACACAGAGGACUGGAACAAAUUGACUGACGAUCUAGAAUUCGUCAGAACACGAGUAAACCAAUCGCUGAAACUUUUAAACGGGACAUCGAUAGCCCCAGAAAGAUUAGAAAAUAGGUCAAGGAGAAAUUCAGACUACUGCCUUGAAAUGCAAACCCCUGCAUUAGGGCAAGGUGAGCCCUUAGAACAAGGAGAUAGUCAGGUCUGGGAAACCCCACAAUUCUCAUCGUCGUUUAAUAGCUCGAGAAUAAGUCAAAUUCAAUUCCCAGAACACAUAGGUUCAAGGGAAAUAACACAAGAGGAACGUAGCUGUCAGGAUCACUCAGAAGAAAUUGAUCUGGACAACACGAGCUUCAUUAAAACAUUAGACAAUCUUAAAUUAAAAUUUUAUAAAUAUAGUGGGAUACUAAAUAAAUCAUUUAGUAAAAUGGCAAACCCUGUCCCAUAUGAUUUCCCCAUGGUAACAGCGGUCCAGUGUAUUCCAGAAUUUCACGGAAAACCAGAGGAACUUCAACUAUUCCUCAUUCAAAUAGAAUACUUUGCUAAUGGUAUUCCAGUGGGAACUCCACACACACCACUAUUGAACGUGGUGUAUACAAAGCUGAGAGGGGAGGCACUACUUCGCCUCCAGGACAUCCAAGAUGUGACAUGGCCGGGGAUGAAGAAAAAAUUAGAAGAGACUUUCCAGCCAGAAAUAGAAACACUAAACCAGGGCGGCACAGAAUCAUUUGACAGUUAUAAAACACGUGCGAUGAAGUUGUACCGGUAUAUUAGCACCAUGCCAGACCAUGGGAACGAUUCCUACGUAGGAUCGACAUUACGUAAACAUUUCCUGGGAGGACUCUGUAGUCGCGCGCUAGCACUAACGGGGAAAUCCCAGAGGGAUAAAACAUUUCCGGAACUCCUGAAAUGGCUCGAGAGAGAGUAUGAGGAAGUGGAAGAAUUAAGAGACAUUCAUAGGCGACUACAACCGGGUCGGGUUGAUAAGCCACGAGGCAAUAAUAACAACAACAAUUACAACCGCAACAACAACAAUUACAACCGCAACAACAACAAUUACAACCGCAACAACAACAAUUACAACCACAACAACAACAACAAUUACAACCACAACAACAACAACAAUUACAACCAGAACAACAACAUAAUUCCAUAAUUGUAAUCAACCAAAACAACAACAAUUACAACCACAACAGCUACAACAACAAUGGUUAUAAUCAACAUAACAACAAUAGGGCCGUUAAAAAUAAUAGGAAUGGAAGCGGACCAAGUAACCAAAAUGGACCAAGAUACCAAAAUAAUUACAACUUUAGGGAAGGAAACCAUAAUAACUACGGUCAAAGAGGGCAACAGCAGAACCCACAAAGAAAUCGGGACGAAGGAUACCAUCAAAGGAAUUUCGAUCACCCGUCAGACCAGCGACGUGACGGUUCAAAAAACUGAAUAGACGGGAUUCCGGUGACUCACAGGGAUCCCGACAUAAACAUUGUUUAGUUACAGACGCAGUUGAGCACCGAAACACAGAACCAAAAAAAAAACAAGAUUACAUUAAGGAAGGGGUAGUUCCCAUCAAAUUCACUAAGGACGAGCGUUUUUGUAUAGAGAUCAGCACACUUGAAGCCCCAACAAAAAUCACCGAGUUUUUGUUAGACACGGGAGCACAAGUAAAUCUCAUAACUGCCAAACGAGCAAAAGAAAUCGGAGUAGAAACAAUUGAUACCAGAAAAUUCUUAUGUAUCCAAGGGAUAACAAAAAACACUAUAAGGACGAUUGGUUCAAUAUGGGUCAGUCUGAAAAUAGCGGAUUUUGUAAUACCAACCGAGUUUUAUGUUGUCCAAGAGCUUAGCAUACCAGCGAUUCUUGGAGCAAAGUUCAUUAAAAAACACUUAUAUUCCAUUGAAGAAAACUUCAAAGCAGGGGUUUUCAAAACGAAUGCCAUGGAAAGACUACCUUACAUGCAAGAAGACCGAGUAAGUUGGGAUAUCUUAGAUUUCAUCCUACGAGGUAUUGGAAACCCGAAAAAAAUUGAAGAUUAUGUACAGCCGGAAGAAUUAAGUGAUUCCGAGUCUAUGUACCAGGAGGAAACAUACACUAAAGAAGAAGAAUACUUCGAAAACACUUUAGUGAAUGAUGACUUAGUAAAGUUAAAUCGGGAAAUGGGGGAGGUUUUCAUUGCCAGAAAACAUACAUCUGGAUUCGAACAAACAAUGGAACACCCUCAGCUAACGACAAACAAAGAAAUGAUAGAUCUAGACGGGAAUAUGGAUUAUGAUGUAGUCGGAAACCGAAAUUGGAAAAAAAUAGAGGACAAGAACGUUUAAACAAACUCAUGGGUAGAGUCAAAUUGGAUCACUUAGACGAGGGAAAUAAGGAAAAUAUCUUUCCCAUGAUCAAGGAAUUUGAAGAUGUCUUUUUCUUAGAAGGAGAUGACUUAACGUUUACUGAUGCCGCUGCCCACGAGAUUGAAACAACUUGAAAUAUUCCCAUUAAUAAGCGACAGUAUCGGUUCACGGAGGCUACGAAAAAACAUAUCAAUGAGCAAGUAGAUGAGAUGCUGGAACAAGGAAUCAUACGACCGAGUAAGAGCCCCUGGAAUGCACCCGUAUUGUGCGUGCCAAAGAAGCCUGAUGCAAAUGGGAAUAAAAGAUACAGGAUAGUCGUUGACUUCAGGUCUCUGAACACAAUGACAAAACAAUUUGUAUACCCGAUUC